UUGUUUUUCGUUUGACAUUGUUACACCACCAACCUUCAUCACCAGAAAUGCCCAUCAACAACACCAACAUCAACUAAUUCAUCAUCCUUCAUUUUAAUUUCCCCACAUUGUUUCUAGAAAUUAAUACCCAUUUAUUUUCUUAUAAUAAUUUUAAUUAUUAUUGAAUAUAUAAAGUUUUCAUUUUUAUGGGAACAUUUCAAAGCUUUCGAAAAGCUUAUGGAGCCCUUAAGGAUUCUACCACUGUUGGCCUUGCAAAAGUCAACAGCGAAUUUAAGGAUUUGGAUAUAGCAGUGGUGAAGGCAACUAAUCAUGUAGAGGCUCCUCCAAAGGAAAGACAUGUUAGAAAAAUAUUUGCUGCAACAUCAGUUGUUCGGCCACGAGCAGACGUUGCGUAUUGCAUUCAUGCAUUGGCAAGGAGGUUGGCCAAGACCAAAAAUUGGAUUGUUGCAAUAAAGGUAUUGAUAGUUAUUCAUAGGACAUUGAGAGAAGGAGAUCCUACUUUUAGGGAGGAGCUACUGGCCUACUCACACAGGGGACAAAUCCUUCAAAUUUCAAAUUUUAAGGAUGAUUCAAGCCCAUUAGCUUGGGAUUGUUCUGCAUGGGUUCGGACAUAUGCACUCUUCCUUGAAGAAAGACUAGAGUGUUUUAGGGUGUUGAAGUAUGACAUUGAGGCAGAACGAUUGACGAGAUCUUCCCCAGGUGCAAGCAAGGUACACAGUAGAACCCGCCUUUUAACCCCCGAUGAACUGUUGGAUCAACUGCCUGCUCUACAGCAACUUCUGUUCAGGUUGAUGGGUUGCCAGCCUGAAGGAGCGGCUUGCUGCAAUUAUCUUGUACAGUAUGCUCUAGCCUUGGUGCUGAAAGAGAGUUUCAAAAUUUACUGCGCGAUCAAUGAUGGAAUAAUCAAUUUAGUCGAUAUGUUCUUCGACAUGAGUAAACAUGACGCAGUGAAAGCACUUAACAUUUAUAAAAGAGCAGGACAGCAGGCCGAACAUUUAGCUGAUUUUUAUGAAUUCAGCAAAAGAUUGGAUCUAGCCAGGAAUUUUCAGUUCCCGACUUUACGACAGCCUCCUGCGUCAUUUCUGGCUACUAUGGAGGAAUAUGUCAGAGAAGCAACGCAAAACGGUUCUGUGUCGAAGAGACUGGAGUAUCAAGAAAGGGAUGAAUCCCCACACAAAAGCGAAGAAGCUGAAAAUGAAAUAAAGCAAGAGGAAGAAGAGGAAGAGAAAGCAGACGAGCCAGAGGAGGAGCCUCAACCAGAGCCCGAACCUCAAUCUGAACCUCCUCCCUUGAUAUCCACAGACGAUGAUGAUCUUCUUGGUCUUAGGGAAUUAAAUCCAAGAGCUGCAGAAUUGGAAGAAAGCAAUGCCUUAGCUCUUGCCAUUAUUCCACCUGGAGGUGAGCAUCGUUCUACUCCAAGCAAUGCCUUGAUGGAGUUCGAUGGUACAUCAGGAUGGGAGCUAGCCCUUGUUACAAAGCCUAGCAACAUAAACAACGCCCCACUGCCAGAGACCAAACUGGCGGGUGGCUUUGAUAAUCUAUUACUGAAUAGCUUAUACGAAGAUGAGAACGCAAGAAGACAGUUACAGAUGCAGAAUGCAGGGUAUGGUCCAUACGGAAUGGCAGCAGGUGCAAUGCAAGUACACAAUCCGUAUGAACAACAAAAUGACCCAUUUUCAAUGUCGAACAACUUUGCACCACCAACGAACGUUCAGAUGGCUAUGUCUCAGCAACAGCAACAUCAAAUGAUGAUGCAACAACAAAUGAUGAUGCAGCAACAUAACCAUUACCAACAAUUAACACAACCUCAGAGUAUGAUGAUGGUGCCAUACCAAAACGCCGCUUCACCCUCUCCCUACCACCAGACGCAGCAGCAGCAGCAGCAACCCAUGGGCAUCGGUUCAUCUAACCCAUUUGGAGAUCCAUUUUCUGUGUUAGCUCAAAAUGGAACAGCCCAUCAUGCAAAUCACGGUCUACUUUAGACAGUUAUGGCUUCCUUCCAUUUUUGGCUUGUUUUUGAUCUUCUAUCUAGGGGUGUCAAUCAAUUCAUUAAUGUGUUUCUUUAAUUUUUUGUGUGACUAGCAUUCAUUUAGUGAGUUUUUCAUUACUCCCCUGUCUAAUGUGAUAUUCUUUUGUAUUCUUUUCACAAAAAAGAAAGCAUUCAUAUUCUGAAUUUUGGUCCGUAAACUUUAUAAAACUCGAUUAUCCAUGUUAGCA